UGGAAAUUCGCCUGUGGCGGUAAUUCGCGUGGCUAGUUCUUGGUCUUUUGCGAUGGCUGACUUUAACAAUCCUUUGCGAAAGUUUAAGCUUGUAUUUUUAGGAGAACAAAGUGUCGGGAAGACGUCACUCAUAACUAGGUUUAUGUAUGAAACUUUUGACAAUUUGUACCAAGCAACAAUUGGGAUUGAUUUCUUAUCGAAAACCAUGUAUCUCGAAGACCGAACUAUUCGUCUGCAAUUAUGGGAUACUGCAGGACAAGAACGUUUUCGAAGUUUAAUUCCCAGCUACAUACGUGACUCUUCAGUAGCGGUUGUUGUCUAUGACAUAUGCAACAUUGAUUCUUUCAAUGCAAUUCAUAAGUGGAUUGACGACGUCAGGAAUGAACGUGGCAGUGAUGUUAUCAUAAUGCUCGUUGGCAACAAAACGGAUUUAUCUGAUAAAAGAAAAGUGACUACCGAAGAAGGUGAGCAGCUGGCUAGUCAUCUAAAUGUUAUGUUUAUUGAAACAAGCGCAAAAGCUGGAUAUAAUGUCAAAGCUUUGUUUCGUCGGAUCGCUACAGAACUAUCGAAUGGAGAUAAUCCGGCUCCUAGACAUGAUGACUUCAUCGAGGUUAAGUUACACGAUGCUUCUAAGGAUACUGAUUUUAACCAACGAGUUUGCUGGUGCUAAGUCACUUAAUUAUAUUGAACUAAAACCGAUUGAACCUCCCCAAGAAAAUCAGUGGAAAACCUGUGGUUGUUAAAUUCCAAUCCGUAUGCUCAAAAAUUUUUUCGUGAAUACCAGCAAAAUCCUCCGCAAACAUUUAUAUACACGUAAACAUAUAUAUUAACUGUUCUCAAAUUAUCCUGUCAUUGUCGACAUCUCAUUUCUCUUCAGGAUUUACCUCGACAAAUUUGGUUUGAAUGUAUUUUCGUACCUUUGAAAAUCAUAUCCUGAUAUCUAUCCAUGUACAGCUUAUUUAUUUUAAUUUUCUGACUUACUGUUCAACUGCGGUUUAACUUGAAAUUUCACUUGAGCAAUUUUAGUUUGCUUUGAUAUAAAUCUUAGUUUCUGUUUGCUUUUUAGGUCGUAAUUUCUGUGUUCCUCUACAUCGUUUACACAAAACAAUCUGUGAUGCUUUCUUUGGAAAACACCAGUUUUAUAUUAAACAUCUUGGUGGUUUAUUUUGUAUUUUCUUGUUUAUAUCUGUUGUCACUGAAGUGGUGAAUCACAAAUUCUAAAUCCUUCUGUUACGUGAUUCCAUACCCGGUCUUAUAGUUGUUACACAUAAACCUAUAAAUCUUAAAAGCUUCUCUUGUAAAGUUCUACCAAUAAACAGUAAUGUUAUCAUAACAUCUGCUUUACUAAAAAAUCAAAUACAGAGUCACUUCAUUAUCG